AUGGGACUGGACACAGGAGCCGGCCCUGUCAAUUAUAGCGUGCUCACGGCUCCCGGCCCAGUUUGGAAGCCAAUUCGAAAAAUGAUGAAUGCAAUGUUUAGUCCUCGCAACUUGAACCUGAUGAUGCCAGUUUACAACAAACAUUCUCGCUAUCUCAUCAACAGACUGUCCACUGAGGUGGGCAAUGGACCGACUAAAGUCAACAUGAUGGAGUAUAUAAAUGACGCCGCAUUCAUGAUAAUCAACGAUUUCGUAUUCGGACACGAUAACAACAUUGAUGUUCAUUCUGAAGAAUUUAAAGCAUUGGUAAAAACUGAGGAGAGAAUUACAAUACUCUUUAUGAACCGUUUUAUCAAGCCCUGGUUAAGGUGGCAACCUCUAUUUGAAUUGUUUAACAAGAAAGAGAUAACUACAAUUAACAAAUUUUUAAGUACAUUUUUAGAAAAACAAUUGAAGGACUCUCAGAAGCAUCACGAGCUGAAACUAAAUACGUCAACGGUCAUAAAAAAUGAUAAUGACGACAAAAAUAGCAACGAUGGAUUCUUAAGUCUUCUAGACGUGUAUAGACCCUUCCAGGAAAGGAAUCCUCUGUUUACAGAAGCUGACAUGAGGGCAGAAAUUUGUAUUUUGUACGCAACGGACAAGCUGUAUGAAGAGAUCACCUCAGUUGUUGGUCCUGAUGAUGACGUCACCACAGAUGAUAUCCGUCAGAUGAUCUACCUUGACCAAUGCUUCCAGGAGGCCCUUCGUAGAGACACCUUAGUCCCUUUAAUCAUAAGGAAAACCUCCGAAGAAAUCAAACUGAGUAUGUUUUGUGCCAGUUGA